UUACGGAAAGGGGCGAGUGGUGACGAGCAGUGUAGCGCCAGCGUACCCAGGGAACGCUGCAUUUCGAGAGCCAAAGUGUCAUUCUCCUACCCAGAGUUCCUUGCGGUCGGCAGCCAGCAUAUAUACACUGCACCGGAGUCCCCGAACGCACUGCGUGGAGCUUGCGCCGGAGUGUGCCAAAGUUUAAUACAUUCAAAAUGGCUGCCCUCAUGUGUGUAAUUGGAUUGUUGGUGCUCGUGCUCAUGAUCUUUCUCGUAAAAUAUAUACUAUUUUCAAAUGAAAAGUUUGAGAUCACGUUUGAGGACAAACCAUCGUUCCAAAGGAUACUGCUCAGGGGUAUUUUUUUGAUUGUCAGUAGAAAACAAGGACGUUUAUACAUCAAGACGAACCGGGCAAGGGAGUCGUCUGCUCGAGACCCGCCCACUCAAGUCGAAACAGGUGGAAAGGUGUCUGUGUUGAACGAAAGUAAUAUCAUACCAGGUGAUCCUUGGCUUAAAUUGUCAAUUACUAAUUUCAGACUAGAUGCAGCGUCCUUAGAAGCAUACAAGAAGCUAUCUUGUGUAAAGACAAAUGAUGCUGUUCCUAUCUGCUAUCCUGAAACUAUAUUUAUGCGAAUGUCUGCAUUUCUUGCAAGCUCUCCAAGAAGUUUCAUAAGUCCCCUAGGCCUGAUUCACAUUAGGCAGACAAUAACACAGCACCGCCCCUUAGAUGAUCUACUGGACGGUGGGUUCGACAUUCAUGCAAGAGCAUUAUACUGUGUGAAAGUAGAGAGAGGGAUUGAAGCAAAUGCUGAGUACAAGGUUACAGACCGUCACAACUUGUGUGUGUGGGAAGGCAUAAUCACAGUGUUGUCGAGAAGUCCAAAACAACAGAAAAGUGGAACAUCAAGGAAUGCUAAGAAAACAGAUGCAAGCAAAACUGUUGAUACUAACCUGCUUGGUGAGUGCCUGCUUCAUGUCUGCCAAGACACAGGUGUGCGAUAUGCCAAGGCUACAGGGGACUGGAACCCUCACCACCUAUUUCCCUGGACAGCCAAACUGAUGGGUUUCAGGGCACCAAUAGCCCAUGGGAUGUGGACACUGGCUAGAACACUGGAUGAAGUUUUUGGGAAUGACAAAGUGAAGAGAACCUACCCUAUUCAUGUUGAAUCCACCUUUAAACGCCCUCUUUUCAUGCCUGGAGAAGCUAGGAUACAGUAUGGUAAAGACAGCAGGGAUAUGUCACAAAUGUGGUUCAAGUGCUGUGAGGAAUCUACAGGAGCACCCCAUGUUACAGGAACUGUCAAGAUGGGGAAGUAGCCAUGUGUGUAUGGCUGCAUCAUUCACCAAUGUAUGCAUCAUAAUGCUUUGUGUCAUGAUGCCAGAUUUUAAUAGUGAGGUCAUGUAUCACAUGUAUACAGAUUUAGGAGUAUUGUAUGGUUAAAUCUGAAUUGUAAGUAAUAUUACUUGAAACAUUAUGGAGCCAGUGUCAGCCAGGAAGUUUAACUGGCUUUAAAAUUGCUAAAUAUAUUUAGGUUACAUUUCUAGUCAUUCUUUUGAUGAUGUAUUUAUUUAAAUCUUGAACUUUAUAUGUGUUGUAUAUCAUUAUUUAUAAGUAUUGCCAUCAUACCUUUUUAUCAAGAUACUUGCUGACCAAAUUGUGUUCUGUGUUUUACAGCCCAUCUUUGUUUGAUGUGCAAAAGUAUACUGAAGUGAUACCUGUAAGAAGUUUGAAUCACAAGGAGUUGAAUGUGUGUUAAUGAAUAUUGUAGCUAAAAUGGAUAGAAUUAUCAUUAAACCGCCCGUAUGUUAUCAGAAAUGAGCCGGCCACUGUAACUUGAAAAUGCCCUCAUAUUGCUUGACGACGGGCCAUUAUCACGCCCGUUGUUAGCUGACGUCAUGGGGAUAGGGAUGGGGAUGGGGAACGUCACGUUUGAUGGAGACGUCUUCUGGUUUGUUCUAUGACGUUUCCAUUUUUGUAAAAGUGGGUCAGUGAAAUCCGUGUUGA